AUGAAGUUGACUCCAUUACCUACCUUCAGCUCCACCUUCUUUCUUCUUCUCCUUUUCCGACUAUCGAUAACUGCUGACGACUCACCUGUUCAGUACGAUCCACAGCAUACUAUCGCCGUCAACUGUGGCUUCCUUCACAACUCCACAGCCAUUGACGGCAGACAAUGGGUUGGAGAAACAGAUUCUGCUGGAUCCAUCAUUUCUUUUCAAGGAUCUGGAAGUAAAUCGGUGGUCCCUUCUUCCUCCGAUGACCACCGAUCAUAUUCUCUCGAUCCCACUCCCUACAUGACAGCUCGAGCUUCUCGCUCAUCCUUCACCUACACCUUCCGUGUCGGCUCCGGCUACAAGUUCAUCCGCCUUCAUUUCUACCCAGCUUCAUACUCUGCUUUCAAAAGGUCAGCCGCCUUCUUCACCGUAAAAUCAGGUCCGUAUACUCUCCUCAACAAUUUCAGUGCUUUCCUAGCCGUCAAAUCUCUCGGCCUGAAAUUCAUUGUAAAAGAAUUCACCCUUUAUGUCCCUGACGAGGGUAAACCCUUAUCAAUUACAUUCUCCCCCUCAAAGGAAAUCAUCCCUUCGGAUGAGACAUUUGCAUUUGUUAAUGGAAUUGAAGUUGUCCCCAUGCCUCUCGGACUUUACUACACCAUGGAGGGAGAUGGAGAUAGAGAUGCAGGGGCUUAUGUUGUAGGACAGAACUAUCGAUUUCACCUGGGCAAAGCCAUUGCAAUGGAGAUGGCCUAUCGGUUAAACGUUGGUGGCAUCAAACUUUCAUACGUUCAUGACCCAAGUAUGUUCAGGGAAUGGAUGGAAGAUUCAAAUCAUAUUAUAGAAUCAAGUGUUUUUCCCAUCACUUCCAUAAACAGGAUCAAGUAUACGAAAACAUCUAAAGAUGGUGCACCACAAAGACUUUACCAGUCGUCUUGGUCAAUGAAGCGAAAUUUGCAAGAUGGCGAAGGAGUUAGUUUUACAUGGAAGUUGCCUGUCGAUUUGGGUUUCAGGUAUCUAAUUAGAUUGCAUUUUUGUGAGCUUGACUAUGAUGCUGUGAGAGGGAAAGAGCAUAAAGAGUUCAAUAUUCUCAUAAACAAUCACAUGGUUGAGUCCAAAGGAGAUUUGAUCAAAUGGGGCGGUGAAAUUGGGGUUGCAAUCCUUAAGGAUUACUUGACAACAUUAAGAGGAGACAGAAUGAUGGGCAAGAGAGAUCUAGUUGUAGCUUUGUACCCAAAUACCGACGAUCAAUCAACUGAAUUCAUUGACUCAAUUCUUAAGGGGAUUGAAGUUUUCAAACUUAGCAACCCUGAUGACAAUCUUGCAGGAGGGAAUCCAGUCAUCUCCCAUCUUCAUGCUUCAACAAAGAAUAGACUUAGAAUGCCAACAAGUAUAAAUAAGAUCAUAAUUUUGUACAUACUUAUAAUUGUAAUUGUUCACCAACUUCGCGAAUGGAAAGAAAGGAGUUUGAGUAAAAACCCAUCUCUAAUAGACAAUGAUUUGUGUCGUAGAUUUUCAUUUCUUGAGAUUUCACUCGCAACCAACAACUUUGACAAAGGAUUAGAGAUUGGACAUGGGGGUUUUGGUAAGGUCUACAAAGGGGUUAUUAAUGUUAUUAAUGGUAAGGUUAAAUUGACAGUAGCAAUUAAGAGGCUAGAUUCUAAAUCUAGGCAAGGACAAAGAGAAUUCUUAUCAGAAAUUGAGGUGCUUUCCAAGCUUAGACAUAAACACCUAGUUUCUUUGAUAGGAUACUGCAAUGAAGGUUGUGAGAUGAUACUUGUUUAUGUGUACAUGGAACAUGGCACUCUGGCAGACCAUCUCUAUAAAAAUAAACGUGAUGGUAGUACCAAAAGAGACUUGACUUCUUUAACUUGGAAGGAGAGACUCAAUAUCUGCUUGGGUGCUGCUUGCGGGUUAGACUAUUUGCACAACAAUAGUGAGCAAGAAGUUAUACAUCGAGAUGUGAAGAGCGAAAACAUUUUGUUGGAUAUGAAUUUGGUGGCCAAAGUUGCUGACUUAGGCAUAUGCAGAGGAGCUUCAAGCAAUACCCAUAUCACUACUGAGGUAAAGGGAACUAUUGGUUACAUAGAUCCAGAGUACUCCUCGACCAAAAUGCUAACCAAGAAAUCCGAUGUGUAUGGUUUUGGUGUUGUGUUGUUGGAAACAUUAUGUGGGAGGCCAGCUAUUGAUAAUAGAAUUGACGACGAACAACAAUGUAGCCUCGUUAAGUGUUUUCAGCGCUGCUGUCAGAAUGAGUCGGUCGACGAAAUAAUUGAUUCUAGUUUGAGGGGACAAAUCCCAUCUGAUUCUCUCAAGUUGUACAUUAAACUUGCAAACUUAUGUUUGCAUAAUCAGACUAAUAGUCGACCUACAAUGGCUGAAAUCAUAAAGGUUCUUGAAUAUUUAUUGGUUGAUGGACUCAAUUUCUUAAGGUGGGGAAGAUAAUUUUAUUAGUUAAUUUGGUUCAAUUUUAAUCUUUGUUCUAAUUUUUUUUACUAAUUCUUAUAUUAUUUUUCAGUGGUAACACAAUGGAAG